AUGUACGCUAUUGUGUUUUUGACAUGCGACAUUAUCGCUCUCAUCGUACAAGCUGUUGGGGGAGCGAUGGCCUCUACAGAGUCAGACAAGAUUGACGGUGAUACAAAGCCAGGGACAAAUAUCAUGGUCGCUGGCAUUGUCUUCCAGAUGGCAGCCAUGGUGGUUUUCGCCGUCUUAGUUAUUGACUUUCUGAGAAGAGUUUUUGUCAAAAAGUCGUACUUGCAGUCAAGGAAGCAAGGACUAUCUGAUGGCAACGCUUUGCCAAAGGCUUAUACUUGGCUCUUGGCUGCCGUCUUUAUUUCCUUGACCAUGAUUUUCAUCCGAAGCAUCUACCGAACCGUUGAGCUUCUGCAAGGCUGGAGUGGUUACCUGAUUACUCAUGAAGGAUACUUCAUCGGUUUAGAUGGUGCCAUUAUGGUUGUGGCUAUAGCAGUUUUUAACUUUCUCGAUCCGGUUUAUCUGCUAUGGGGUCAGGACGAUAAAUUGGCGUCGUCGCUUGAGCAGAAUGAGCUAAGGGGGAUGGGAGAGGCUAGUACAGAGCGCUGGGAUGAGUCUACUGUUAUGUCUGACUAG